CUUAUAUAAACCCCCUAUACGAAAAACAGGAGAAAGUCCACGCCCACAAUAACGAGAAGAAGAAGAAGAAAGACGAAGAAGAACAAUGAUUCAGAUACCAGAAUCAAUGGUACGUACAGAAAUUCACCUUCUUCUUCUUCGUCUUCUCUGAGAUCUCUCUUCUUCAGCUUCUUCUCUCGGAUUUCACUUCUCUUCGAAAUCGCGCGCAAUUCAUGAGGUUCCUCGUGUUCGUCUCCUGCUGCGGCCCCACCGUCAUGCCUGCGGUCAGGCCAGAAUCGUCCCAGUCGUCGUCGGCAACUCCGCCGGCGGAGGAAACGCGGUCGCUCGUCCGGUCGCGGCGGUACCGGCGGCGGCCGAAGCGCGGGAGGCUCGGGGCAUCUGGAUCGGCGCCGGUGCCGGUGGAGUGGAAGCCGUCGCUGUGCUCGAUCUCCGAGGACAACGUCGUGAUGGUGGAGAGAUCGGACGGUCAGGAUCGUCAGGAUCAGUAUCGGACGGCGGGACCUGAGCGGCUCGUCAAGAGAAAGAGCGGCUCCGGAAGCUCGAGAAUGAAUGUCGUCGCAAGCUUCGGCGACGAUUACGGGAGAUCGUCGUUUCCGACUGUGAUUCCGGCGUUCUCUCCCACUCCUUUCAUGUUUUGAAGAUCCUCUUCGAUUUUCGAGCUUCUUUGGUUUUUUUGUCGUUUUCUCUGUUCAUCUAUUGGUUGAAAAUUAGUCUUCUGAUGAACUGGAUAUUUUUCUUUUUUAUUGGUUUUACCUAGUAUUGAGAAUAAUAUGAAUCUAAUCUGUAAAGCCUGUUGUAAUUACUCUUCAGCAAUUUUACAGUUCAUUGUUGUGAUAUUA